AUGUCCAGACAAACUGAAAACCAUUUACUGUUCGAAGUGGCGACGGAAGUUGCCAAUAGGGUUGGGGGAAUCUACUCCGUUCUCAAGUCAAAAGCCCCGGUCACUGUUGCGGAGUAUCGCGAAAGAUACACUCUAAUUGGGCCUCUGAACCAUCGCAGUGCUUCUGUGGAGGUGGAGGAACUGCCUGUGCAAAAUGAAGCACUGAAAGCAACUUUGGACUCCAUGCAGUCAAGAGGCAUUCGGUAUUUGUAUGGGCGUUGGCUAAUUGAGGGGGCACCCAGAGUUAUUUUGUUUGAUAUUGGCUCUGCUGUUCCGUAUCUGAACGAAUGGAAAACCGACCUGUGGGGGCUUGCCGGAAUCCCGUCUCCUGAAGGAGAUAUCGAAACCAACGAUGCAGUCAUGCUGGGGUAUCUCACUGCCUGGUUCCUUGGAGAACUUUGUUGCCAUGAGACACAAAAGGCAAUCGUCUUGCAUGCCCAUGAGUGGCUUGCUGGCGUGGCCAUUCCGCUCUGUAGACAGCGGAAAAUCGAUUGCACAACCAUCUUCACGACCCAUGCAACUUUGCUGGGAAGAUACCUCUGUGCGGGAAGUGUGGACUUUUACAACAACCUGGAUAAGUUCGACGUCGACUACGAGGCUGGAAAAAGAGGCAUCUAUCAUCGGUACUGCAUUGAAAGGGCGGCUGCGCACUCUGCAGACGUCUUCACCACUGUUUCCCACAUUACCGCAUACGAAAGUGAGCACUUGCUGAAACGGAAGCCAGAUGGAGUUCUUCCGAACGGACUGAACGUGGUCAAGUUCCAGGCUGUUCACGAGUUCCAAAACCUGCAUGCCGAGAAGAAGGAGAAAAUCAACGAGUUUGUUCGUGGCCAUUUCUACGGACAGCUCAAUUUCAAGCUGGAAAACACCCUUUAUUUUUUCAUUGCGGGAAGAUAUGAGUACAGAAACAAAGGUGUUGACUUUUUCAUCGAAGCCCUUGCCCGGCUGAACCACAAACUCAAGUCCGUCAACUCGGACAUGAAUGUGGUUGCUUUCAUCAUUAUGCCAGCUGCCACCAAGUCGUACACUGUCGAUACUUUGCGUGGUCAGGCAGUCAUCAAGCAGCUCGAAAGCACCAUCAAGGACGUGCAAGGUCUCAUGGGCAAACGGCUGUUUGAGUUCUGUCAAAAGCCAAAUAAUACCCAGAACUCUGCUCAGAUCGAGCUGCCAUCUUUGGAUGACCUUCUUCGUCCUGCCGAUAGAGUCAACCUGAAAAGACGGAUGUUUGCGUUGAAGAGAGACUCUCUGCCGCCAAUUGUGACCCACAACAUGGUGGAUGAUGCCAACGAUCCGAUCUUGAACCAGAUCCGUUCGUGCCAAUUGUUCAACACCAGCCAAGACAAGGUGAAGAUCAUUUUCCACCCAGAGUUUCUCAACUCGAGUAACCCUGUGCUGCCUUUGGACUAUGACGAGUUUGUGAGAGGGUGUCACCUGGGAGUUUUCCCCUCGUACUACGAGCCAUGGGGAUACACUCCUGCCGAGUGUACGGUGAUGGGUAUUCCGUCGAUCACAACCAACCUUUCAGGAUUUGGAUGCUACAUGGAGGACCUGAUCGAGAACUCUGAAGACUACGGAAUAUACAUCGUUGACCGUAGAAUGAAGGGCGUGGAUGAGAGUAUCGACCAAUUGUGCCAGCAGAUGUUUGACUUUACGCAGAAAUCAAGAAGACAAAGAAUCAACCAGAGAAACCGGGUGGAGAGACUGAGCGAUCUUUUGGACUGGAAGCGUAUGGGAUUAGAGUAUGUGAAGGCACGCGCGCUGUCGCUGAGACGGGCGUAUCCUGACCAGUUCAAGCAGCCUGGUAAUCCGUUUGACUCUGCCGGGGUCAAGAUUUCGCGGCCGUUGAGUGUUCCUGGGUCUCCACGGGACCACUAUGUGAACGGUGCCAUGACUCCCGGGGACCUGGGCACCUUGCAGGAGAGCAACGACACAGAUUACCUGAACUGGACCUUGAACAACAGCGGGUAUGAGGAGGAGGAUGUUACGCUGCGUGGAGUGAGUGUUGCACCGAGCGUUGAUGGCGAGAGCGACGAUGAAUGA